GGGCUAUCAAAGAAAAAAAAAAUGUUGGCAGUUGGUGGCGGCGUCAGAAUCACAUUACUGAGCGAACUCGGCGGAAACAAAGGAGACGUUUCCAACAGAUGGGGAAUUAUAAAUCAAGACCGACCCAAACCUGCACCGAUGAGUGGAAGAAAAAGGUUAGCGAGGCUUACGCCGCGAUUAUCGAGAGAUUGGAAGAUGACCUGCAGAUUAAAGAGGUGGAAAAAGCGAAAUUCGACUUGGUUUUCAGCUCGGAUGAAGCCUUCGGAAAAGUAAAUUUAAACUAUCGAACGGAAACCGGACUCUCCCUACUUCAUUUAUGCUGCAUCUGCAACGGUAAUAAAGCUCAUAUACGGACCCUCAUGCUGAAAGGCUUACGUCCUUCCAGACUCACAAAAAAUGGGUUUACGGCUCUUCACGUGGCGGCAUAUAAGGAUAACGCGGAGCUGUUGACCGCCCUGUUGCACGGCGGGGCGGACAUCCAGCAGGUGGGGUACGGAGCCCUUACUGCCCUCCAUGUCGCCGCCAUCGCUGGACAUCACGAGGCCGUUGAUAUUUUGUUGCAGCACGGAGCCUACGUCGAUGUUCAAGACGCUGUAUUUUUCACCCCGCUGCACAUCGCGGUCUACAACGGACACGAGCAGGUCACGCGCCUGCUUCUGAAAUUCGGGGCAGAUGUUAACGUGAGCGGGGAGGUGGGCGACCGACCUCUCCACCUGGCAUCUGCCAAGGGCUACCUGGCCAUCACCAAACUGCUGCUGGAGGACGAGAGCAAAGCCGACGUAAAUGCCCGAGAUAACGAAGAUCACGUUCCUCUCCAUUUCUGCGCACGUUUUGGCCACCACGACAUUGUGAAGCAUCUUCUGCAAAAUAACCCAGAUGUCCAACCUCAUGUGGUGAACAUCUACGGAGAUACGUCUUUACACCUCGCCUGUUACAAUGGAAAAUUCGAGGUGGUCAAAGAACUUAUUCAGUUGUCCGGCACGGAAAGUUUGACCAAGGAAAAUAUCUUCAGUGAAACAGCUUUCCACAGCGCCUGCACUUACGGCAAGAAUAUAGACCUCGUCAAGUUCCUUCUCGACCAAAACGUGUUAAGUGUCAAUCACCAAGGACGGGACGGUCACACAGGGCUGCACUGCGCCUGCUAUCACGGCCACAUCCGCCUGGUGCAGUUUCUACUCGACCGAGGAGCUGACAUGAACCUCGUCGCCUGCGAUCCCAGCAGAUCCAGCGGAGAGAAAGACGAGCAGACGUGUCUCAUGUGGGCGUACGAGAAAGGUCAUGAUGGAAUCGUAACGCUGCUGAAACAUUAUAAGAGACCUCAGGACGAAUCUCCGUGUAACGAGUACUCGCAGCCCGGCGGAGACGGCUCGUACGUAUCGGUUCCUUCACCUCUCGGAAAAAUCAAGAGCAUGACUAAAGAGAAGGCCGACGUGCUCCUGUUACGUGCCAGCCUGCCCUCCCACUUUCACCUUCAGAUGUCCGAAAUAGAAUUUCAUGAAAUAAUUGGAUCAGGCUCGUUUGGGAAAGUUUAUAAAGGGAGAUGCAGAAACAAAAUUGUGGCCGUCAAAAGAUACAGAGCCAACACAUAUUGCUCCAAGUCUGACGUGGACAUGUUCUGUCGAGAGGUGUCCAUCCUUUGUCGACUUAACCACCCGUGCGUGAUUCAGUUCGUCGGUGCGUGUCUCGACGACCCCAGCCAGUUCGCUAUAGUAACGCAGUAUAUUUCAGGAGGAUCGCUCUUCUCCCUCCUGCAUGAACAAAAAAGAAAUCUUGACCUGCAAUCAAAACUAAUCAUCGCCGUGGAUGUCGCCAAAGGGAUGGAAUAUCUCCAUAAUCUGACCUACCCCAUCAUUCACCGCGACUUGAACAGCCACAAUAUCCUGCUUUAUGAGGACGGCCACGCAGUCGUUGCAGAUUUCGGAGAAUCAAGAUUCCUGCAGUCACUGGACGAGGACAACAUGACCAAACAGCCUGGGAACCUUCGGUGGAUGGCUCCUGAGGUCUUCAGUCAGUCCACGCGCUACACGAUUAAGGCUGAUGUAUUUAGCUACGCUUUGUGUCUCUGGGAAUUACUGACUGGAGAAGUUCCGUUUGCUCAUCUGAAACCAGCCGCAGCCGCUGCUGACAUGGCGUAUCAUCACGUCAGACCGCCGAUCGGAUAUUCCAUCCCGAAGCCGAUAUCUUCUUUAUUAAUGAGAGGCUGGAACGCCUGCCCCGAAGGGAGGCCGGAAUUCUCCGAAGUCGUGACCAAUCUCGAGGCAUGUCUCUGCAACAUCGAGUUGAUGUCUCCAGCCUCUAGUAAUAGCAGUGGUUCUCUAUCACCUUCAGCCUCCUCGGAUUGCCUGGUGGGCCGCGGGGGGCCCGGUCGCAGUCAUGUUGCCGCGCUGCGCACCCGAUUUGAGCUAGAAUAUGCCUUAAACUCCAGGUCAUACUCAGUUUGGUCACAGAGCUCCGAUCAAACUUCGGCACACGGUCUGUCUUUAGAAGAAAUGAAGAAAUCUUUCCAGUACCCUCCAAUCGACAAAAACGGUUACGUGUCCGAUCCCAUGAGCUCGAUGCGGUUUCAUUCUUGCUGUCAGAGCAGCAGCUUCGAAGACGGUAACUGACAGACGGAUCAGCAGCAGCGAUCGGUUCACGGGGUGUCACUGGGCAUCACGGGGCGUCACGGUGCGGCCGGACGAUCCGGGGACUCGGCGGAAAGCCGUUAAACAAGAUCUUCUCAUAACUUUAUUAAAAUCUCAUAAUGUGGAAUUUCAAAAAUAAAUAUUUUUCACUUUUUUUGCAA